UGCUGAUUUGAUAAAAAAUAUUAUAUCAAAAUUGACAUCAAAAGAAAAGAAAUUUUAUAAUUUAAUUAUUUCAUGUUAAACUAACUCAUAUUGUUGAGGAAAAUGAAGUUUCAAAACACAAGAGUAUUUUUUAUACUCCUUCUUACGGUGACCAGUACCUUGGGUGAUUUUGGGGUGCUAACUACAAGACACAAAGAUGCAGAGGACUGGGAGAAAAACUUCUGUGUAAUGUACAAUCCAUUGUUUAAGAAUCUGUCACAUGAAGCGUCACCACAAUCUGCCCUUAAAAUUGUUGAUCUCUCAGACAGCUAUGGGUGUGAAAUUACAGACUAUCCAACUGAUGUAAAUGGUGCAAUAGUAAUAGUUGCAAGGGGCAAUUGCUCCUUUGCUGAGAAAGGUGAACAUGCACAAUCAGCUGGUGCAAUAGACGUUGUGAUUGCAAGCAGCAGUCUUCUUAUUCCUGGUGGAAGGAAUGAAUCUGAUUAUAAAUAUAUAAAUAUAAGCUUAUCCUCUCUUCUGUUGUCAGAUCUGACAUUAUUCAAGCAUUAUGGUGGAGCUGGCUCUCAAGUUGGGUCGGUUUAUGCCCCACAAAUGGGCAAAUUUGAUGCCAACAUGAUCGUGAUAUUUCUCAUUGCUGUAAGUCUAGUUGUGAUUGGAGCAUUCUGGUCAGGCACAGCAAGACAGAAAAAGUAUGAGGAAAUGUUAAGGAAAAAGGAACAAAAAAACAGAGUCCGAGUAAAUGGAGAAGGAGCUAAUAAUGACAUUGAUGACAAUGAUGACACAAAGAACAAAGAUGAAGAUGAGGACAGUGUGGAUAUCUCUUUCUGUGCCUUAUUAAUUGGAUUUGUUCUUAUCUGUGGCUUUUUGUUACUGCUUUAUUUCUUCUACAAGUAUCUUGUGUUUGUUGUGAUAGUAUUGUUCUGUUUGGCUGGGUCAAUGGGAAUGUACUACUGCUUGAAACCCUUCUUGCAUAAGGUGUGCACAUGGGAAGGAAAACUGCCUGAAAAUAGACUACCCUUCUUUAAGCAUAGGCAAUUGUAUAAAGAUAUCAUAUUGUACCUUCUGUGCCUAGGUCUUGCCAUCUUCUGGGGCGUAAUGAGACAUGAACCAUAUGCUUGGGUCAUACAAGAUAUUCUUGGAUAUGCUUUCUGUCUUAAUGUUAUGAGGACAGUCUUUCUACCCAACAUGAAAAUAUGCACCAUAAUGCUUUGUCUCUUGUUUCUGUACGACAUCUUCUUUGUAUUCAUCUCACCCUUGUUCACAAAAGACGGAGAGAGUAUCAUGGUGAAGGUGGCAACUGGGGGCUCUUCGGGAGGGGGUGGGGGUGCUGCAGGCGGUGGGGGAGGGUCAAGUACCGUAGAGACACUUCCAAUGGUGUUUACCAUGCCAAGACUGACAAGGGGACCAAUGAGCGCCUGUCAUCUUCCGUACUCUCUGCUUGGCUUUGGGGAUAUCAUUAUUCCCGGACUUUUGCUAUCCCACAACCAUGCAUUUGAUUUAAGAGUUAAGACACGACGGGUGUAUUACAUAGCCACAUGUAUUGGAUAUGCAGUUGGUCUUAUCAUUACUUACAUUGCUCUUGCCUUCAUGGAAACUGGCCAACCAGCUUUGCUCUAUCUUGUCCCAUGCACUCUUAUACCGACGUUCCUGAUUGGUCUAUACAGGCGGGAAGUUAAGGCUCUAUGGUCAGGAGAAAUCAAAGCACCAACAAGUGCUGAAAUACAGGAACAAGAACCUGAACCGGACAUUGAAAACUCUAAAAAUACUGUUGACAGCUCUGCUUCUGACCAGAGCUCAUCCAGCAUAGAAAAUGACACAAGGUCGUUGUUGAAAAAGGAUGAAAGGAACAAAAACUACACUUAGUUAUAAAAUGUAUCAUGUUUGUAAUAUGUACUUUAAAUGAACUUGGAAAUAUUAUUUUCAUUUUAAGAUCUUAUACAUAAGUGGAUGUUGGAUACUUGACAUGUUAAUAAAACGUUAUAUUUUAAUGAAUAUUAAUUAACAUAAUACUGUAAUCAGUGAUGUUUUUGUUGCAAUUUACUUCCUUCUAAAGGCUGUUUCCCCUUGCGAAAAAAUGUCCAUUUUCCCCAAAACAUGAUAUUUUUUUACCAAUUUGAUAAAUGCACAUUAUGUUAGUGAAUAAAAAAGCAUAAAGUAUGCAUAAAAAGGUGAAAAGAUGUAUAUUUGACAUUAUAUUUGCUAUUUUGAUCUGAUUUUAUAUUUUUCCCAAUUUGGACUUUUUUCCCAAUUUGCAAGACACAGGCGGAAAAAAAUAUAUUAAUUUUCCAACAAAAAUCACUGAUAAUGUAGAUGUUGUUUCUGCUAUACUAGUCUAUUUAUUGUCAUUAGUAGUUUAUAGAUAGUUUAUGUUCGUCUUCUAUCUAGAGGGAAAUUUUGUCUGCUGGGCUUUUUCUUGUUGUUUCCACUGUAUAACUACAUGUAUGGAUUAAUUUAUACAUGUUUGUUGAAUUGAAAUACUGUUUGUUAGGAACAUAGCUGGUUUUGAAUUGCAAUUCAUUAUGUAUUUGAAAUAACUAUUUUGAUCAUACUAUUUGAUAAUUGUUUUUAAUCAGGAAUAAUUCGAUCUUAUACCAUACUUUAAAUAAAAAACCUUAUAAUUAAACACGUCAUUUUGCAGAUUUUUUUGUUCUUUUAUUUUUAUGACAUGAAAUAGUAAAAAAGAUGAGCUGUUGUCUUUAUCUCGUUCUCUUUGUUAAAUUUUUGAUGUCGUUGAUACUAGAUAGAUAGAUAGAUAGAUAGAUUUAUUUCAGUAAGCAAUGCACAUACAUGGAUAUUUAAAAUAAACAACACGUAUUACUUAUAAAAUGCGAGGUUAAGUUAAAAUAGUUCCUUUACUGAAAAUCUUUGAAUAAAUAAAUGAAAAAAAACUUUUAACAUAAUAAUGUUGUUGUUGCCAGUAAAAAUAUAUUCAGUAUAUGUUAGAACUCAAGAAGGUGCAAAAUGUUGACUGCAUCUUGAAAAACAGUCAUCCAAUUUGAAACAAAAGUAAUCAAAUUUUGAAAAAAACCAGUUUGGUUUCAUUGUAUAGAAUCAUAGAACGAUUUUUUUUAGUUCAUACAUCCAACUUAUUUAUAUUAUUGUUAUUGCAUAGUGUAAUAUUGUAAGUAUGUAUACAGGCUGACAAGCGGGCUCUACUUUUCCCUACUGAAUUGUUAGGUUCAUACUUUUUCCUACAAAAAGCCAUAUUGUCCCUAUUUUUUGUGUAAACUUAUGACCCAGAAUGCAGAAAUUGAAGCGUUAAAUUUCUGAUUGUAAUUAAGAGUAUGCUAAGUUUGGCACCCCCGUAGACCGCCAUAGCUGGUCAAUUAUUUUCACAUUUUUGCCAGUUCAAAAACAACUUAUUUUGAGCUAUGGAAUGCAUGUACAUCAACAAUGGUGAAAAGGCUCACUUCAUUAGUCAAUUAUUUGCUUCAAAAGACUAAGAAGGAGCCCUACUAUUACUUAUUUUUGCCCGUAAAAUCACUUAUUUUUAUACCUGACAAAACAAUUCUACUUUUUUCCCUACCUUCUUGUUAUUAGUACAUAACUUUGAAAGCUGAUGUUUGAAGUUGUAUGAACUCACUUACUUCACCUAGCAUACUGAUUGGUAUUUUCAAUAAAACGGAUAUAUUUAAAGGUUAAACAUUUCAGUUGUUUUGUUUCCAAAACACAAGAUGUAAUAAAGCGAUUUUUGUGACAUUUUUGUGAGGAUAAGUGUAUUAAAAGGUUAUAACACCAA